GCGUACCGCGUCACUUCCUGCGCCGCUCUGCGCUGUCUCUGCAGGCGUCUCGCUGGUUCCGGUGUGAGGGCGGCGGCGGUGAAAGUCACUUUGAGGAAGCGGCGCGACUCGCUAACGAUGGCCGACGACAUCGAGGCGAAGCUGCGGCGUUACCGCACGGCGCCGUUCGACAGCCGCUUCCCCAACCAGAACCAGACCAAGAACUGCUGGCAGAACUACCUGGAUUUCCACCGCUGCCAGAAGGCGAUGGCGGCCAAGGGGGCGGACGCCGGCCCCUGCCAGUGGUACUACCGCGUCUACAAGUCCCUGUGUCCCACCUCCUGGGUGACAACGUGGGACGAGUACCGCGAGGAGGGGACCUUCCCCGGCAAGAUCUGAGCGGCCCCGGCCCCGGGGUGUCGCGGCGAGUGACAGAGGCGUCACCGGGAGGUGACGUGGGCGUCACCGGGCCCCAGAGCGGGGUGACACGGGUGUCACUGGGUGGGGAGGGGACGCAGCCGUCACCGGGGGUGGUGACGCCGCUAAUAAAGGGUUAAACUGG